AUGAAUUUGACCCAACUUUUUGAAAGUAUCUUUUUGAAUGCUCAAGAAGCUAAAGAUCAAUUUGAGCGUGGGUUUGAAAGUGAAGCUUUUAAUCGUCUUGAAGAAAUAUCAAAAACAAUAAACCUUUUAAAAGACUUUAAAUCUAAAUAUGCCGAGCUGAACAUUAGGCAACUUACACCAUCAAUUACUACUCCUCAACCACAACCGGCCGCUGCCCCUGUGGCUGUGGAACCGUUGGUGGCUAAUACCGUUAAGUCUGCCAAGCGUACCAUUCAAGGAAAAUAUGAAAAACCAAAAAAAGCUAUCAAAACCAAUGUGGAGGAUACACCUACAAUUACUAGCGAAGUAUAUUCAGUGAAUGUUCGUGAACUACCAACUGUACCAAAUGUACCAAAUGUCACAAAUGAUCCCUAUACAAAUCAGCCUCCUCCACCAGUUUAUGCACCUGCUGGUGUACUUCCUAGUGCUCCUCGUACUCAUACACAUGCUCCAUUAGAUCCUGUACUUUUGAAACAUCUUGAUGACAUUUUUAUCAAUUUUUUACAAACAAUUUGCUCAGAUCUGAAUGCGACCGAUUCUAAAGGUGAACAAAUUCAUCAAACUCUGAUGGCUAAGAAAAUGCAAAAAUUGGAUGAGUCCCCCGAUUUUCGUCCUUUCAAAUUCCGAAUACAAGCUUUCACUAAUGCUUUUCACGAAGAAUUACUUCGUCAUGGAUAUACCGAGGAAAUUUUACCCUUGAGAAAAGUUAAAAAUUAUUUAUGGACACAAAGAUACAUUUCUCGAUUUAAUGAAGAUGGUAAAAAAGCUAAAUCCAAGGGUAAUCACGUAUGGAAUAUUGAAGCAAAAAAGACACCAAGUGGUGGUUGGGUAUUCCGCGAAUUUACUCGUAAAAUUGCCGGAAUUCCGGAUAAAAUUGCUUAUGUUGGUGUAAAGUAUACUUAUGCGCCUAGAGUUUGGGAUCCACAAGUAAAUGUUAAAUCAAUUAAAGCAGUGUUUCAUUCUCCGUGGUUACCAGAUUGGCUUAGAUGGGAGAAUAAUGUCCUCACUGGUACUCCAGGAAUAGAUGCUGAAAACUGUGAAAUAACUGCAAUUGCUAAUUAUUAUCACGGUGACACCGUCUACAAGUUAGAAAAAUCCUUUUAUAUUACUAUUGCGCACAUGGAUUCAUCUGAUCAAUUAAAUUUGAACUCGGUUGCAAUGGCCGAUUAUCAACUACAAUCUCAUCUUGGUUAA